UACAAAAAAAAAAAAAAGAAGAAAAAAAAAAAGAAAAAAAAAAUCCAUUAGAAGGGAAAGUAAAGGAACGUGAAAGUAAAAUUAUAUUAAAAAUGAAAAAUAAAAAAAAUAACGUUUCGCGCCCUCAGGUGCAUCUGGUUUUCUGUCUUUUCCUUUCAUUUUUAAAGAGGAGUCUGGUUUGGUUUGUUAGUCAAGUUUGCUGCCAAUUUUCCCAAAUCCUGUGCGCAUGUUAGGCACACUACGCACCCUUCCAAUUCAGCAGGAAGAGGAACCUUCUCGAGCUAUAUAUAUAUAUAUAUAUAAAUAGGACUGAGGAUGGCGCGGAAUUCAGAAGUCGUUGUUGUGAGUGAGAGCGUAUAGGUAUAGCCAUGGAAGAUGACGGAGGAGAGAGAUCAAGCUUCGUGAUCGGUCUCAUCGAGAACAGAGCUAAGGAGGUUGGGGUGGCUGCUUUUGACUUAAGGUCAGCUUCGUUGCAUCUUUCUCAGUACAUAGAAACUACCAGUUCAUAUCAGAAUACAAGAACUUUGCUGCAUUUCUAUGAUCCUAUGGUCAUCAUUGUUUCCCCAAACAAGCUGGCACCUGAUGGUAGGGUAGGAGUUUCUGAAUUGGUGGACAGAUUCUAUGCUACAGUCAAGAAGGUUGUAAUGCCCCGUGGUUGCUAUGAUGACACUAAGGGUGCUGUGCUUAUUAAAAAUCUAGCAGCUAAGGAGCCUUCAGCUCUCGGUUUGGAUACUUAUUAUAAGCAGUAUUACCUGUGUUUGGCAGCAGCAGCAGCUUCAAUCAAGUGGAUAGAAGCAGAGAAAGGGGUUAUUGUUACAAAUCACUCCCUAUUGGUCACUUUUAAUGGAUCAUUUGACCAUAUGAAUAUUGAUGCUACUAGUGUCCAAAAUUUGGAGAUAAUUGAGCCACUGCAUUCUACAUUGUGGGGCACAAGCAACAAAAAGAGAAGUUUGUUCCACAUGCUUAAGACAACAAAAACUUUUGGAGGGACUAGACUUCUUCGUGCUAAUCUUUUGCAGCCUUUAAAAGACAUUGAAACUAUCAAUGGUCGUCUAGAUUGCUUGGAUGAACUGAUGAGCAAUGAACAACUGUUCUUUGGACUCUCUCAGGUUCUGCGAAAAUUUCCAAAAGAGACUGAUAGAGUACUUUGUCACUUCUGCUUCAAGCCAAAGAAAGUUACAAAUGAACUAUUGGGUGUUGAUUCUUCCAAAAAGAGUCAAAUGUUGGUAUCUAGUAUUAUUCUUCUUAAAACCACUUUGGAUGCCUUACCUUUGUUAUCGAAGGUGCUUAAGGAUGCAAAGAGUAUUGUUCUUGCAAAUAUUUACAAGUCCAUAUGUGAAAAUGAGAAAUAUGCAUUGAUUAGAAAAAGGAUAGGAGAGGUAAUAGAUGAAGAUGUGCUUCAUGCACGGGUUCCUUUUGUAGCCCGCACACAGCAAUGUUUUGCUGUCAAGGCUGGAGUUGACGGACUUUUAGAUAUUGCCCGGAGGUCAUUUUGUGAUACUAGUGAAGCUAUACAUAACCUUGCGAACAAGUAUCGUGAAGAUUUCAAGUUGCCCAAUUUGAAACUUCCAUAUAACAAUAGGCAUGGUUUUUACUUUAGCAUUCCACAUAAGGACAUUCAGGGAAAGCUUCCAAGCCAAUUCAUCCAGGUCAUGAAACAUGGAAACAAUAUACGUUGCUCAACACUGGAACUUGCUUCUCUAAAUGUUAGAAAUAAGUCUGCAGCUGCAGAAUGCUAUUUACGAACUGAAGUUUGCUUGGAAGCAUUGGUAGAUUCCAUACGAGAGGAUGUUUCUGUGCUUACGCUGCUUGCAGAGGCCUUAUGCCUUUUAGAUAUGCUUGUAAAUUCAUUUGCACAUGCAAUUUCCAGCAAGCCUGCUGAUAGUUAUACUAGACCAGAAUUUACAGAUAAUGGACCAUUGGCAAUUGAUGCUGGAAGACACCCAAUCCUAGAGAACAUACACAGUGACUUUGUUCCCAAUAACAUCUUUUUAUCGGAGGCAUCAAACAUGGUGAUUGUCAUGGGCCCAAACAUGAGUGGGAAAAGUACUUAUCUUCAGCAAAUCUGUCUUAUAGUUAUUCUUGCUCAGAUUGGUUGUUAUGUUCCGGCUCACUUCUCAACUCUAAGGGUUGUUGAUCGUAUGUUUACAAGAAUGGGUUCAUUGGAUAAUCUAGAAUCAAACUCUAGUACGUUCAUGACAGAGAUGAAAGAGACAGCUUUUAUCAUGCAAAAUGUCUCCCAGAGGAGUCUGAUUGUUAUGGAUGAACUUGGAAGGGCAACAUCUUCCUCUGAUGGGUUUGCAAUUGCAUGGAGCUGCUGUGAAUACCUGUUAUCUUUGAAAGCGUAUAUCAUUUUUGCUACUCACAUGGAAAACCUAGCAGAAUUGGCAACUAUCUACCCAAAUGUAAAAAUUCUUCACCUUCAUGUAGACAUCAGAAAUAACCGUUUAGAUUUCAAGUUUCAACUCAAGGAUGGACCAAGAAACAUUCCACACUAUGGCCUUCUAUUAGCGGAAGUGGCAGGCUUACCAAACUCAGUGAUCGAAACAGCAAGAAGCAUCACAUCCAGGAUAACAAAAAAUGAUGUGAAGAGGAUGGAAAUAAAUUACCUGCAAUAUCAUCCUAUCCAAAUGGCUUACCAUGUUGUUCAACGGCUGAUAUGUAUGAGAUACUCUAGCCAAGCAUUUGUAGUGAAGAAUAUUUUUCUCAUCUUCUUAUCUGAUCUGGAGGGGCAAGGAAAACUCCAAGGCCAUAAGGUUAAGUUCCUUCAGUAGUUAAAUUUUGCAUAUUGAUUCUAAUGACAGUGAUCAAACCGAAUUUAUAUAGUUGUUUGUAUGUAAACGAAUAUUUUUUUUACCAGUUGGACUAUAGGAAGUAGAGAUGUAAUUUUGACAAUUUCGGAGGUAUACCUGAAACAUGAUACAAAAAUAUUUUUGAGAUCAAAUCUUUUUCUAUA